UGAUCUCAAAGGAAGCGGAAAACAAGGGAUAGAUUUUUUCCGGAGAAAAUCAUCUCAUUUAUUUAUUUGGUGAUAUGGCGAAAAUGAGAUUUCCUAAUAUUUUAGGCAAUUUCCCCCAGAUGAGUCCCGCAUGGAAGACAAUUGUUGUUCUGAUGUGGUGCUUUAACUUAUUCUGUUUAGUCAUUGUGGUGAUAUAUUUUACUAUAUAUUUCAUGCCGCAUAUUCAACAUGGCGAACCAGAAUUCUCAAACAAAAUAGGGAUUCGAACUCACCUGUUCGGACUAUUCGUCGAUUUCUAUCAGUACGAAUAUGAUGUCUCCAAGCCCGAGAACGUUGGACUGUAUGCCACUCGGAACUUUUACAUCCCCGUAAAAGAUCAUGAUCAGGAUAAAGAUGGUCUACGGGUUGGUGUGUAUCAUAUCUUGCCCAGCAAUAUAGUGCAUCGCUUUAAGGACGAACUUGGCGUGGAGAAGGAAGUGGCCUAUGAUAUGGAUCGCCAUCUGAAACCUGCUCCUGGCGGCGAAAAGGAGCUGGAUGAACUGGUGCCCUCCAUUCGGGCUGAAUUUCCCGUCUUACUGCCCGAGAACGAGAGGUUCUUCUACGAGAAAUUACUGGCGAUUCCGGGUGGCACCAUAAUCCUCUAUAUCCAAGGAAGUCAGAGGGAAUUCAAUCGAGGCAGUCGCCCACGUCGAGACCAGUUUAUGCUGCUUAGGACGCUCAACUACCACAUUUUUUCCUUCGAUAGCAGACGCCAUAAGGACACUGAUCCUGUGCUUCCCACUGAUGAAGACCUUGUGCGGGAUGCCUUGGUGGUAUUUGAGUAUAUAGUCAAUACCACCUCCAAUCCUAUCAUCGUAUGGGGUUAUCUGUUGGACACUGGAAUAACUAAUCUUCUAUGUGCUAAGCUAGCUAGCUUUAAGGAAAGGGCUCAAUUUGGUGUAUUUCUGGAUAACCAGUCCACUGCAGAGGGAAUAGGUACGAAUAUGAAUUUAAUCAACUCGAGACUCGAAUCGGGCAUUCAUGUCCAGGAAAACAUAGAAUCCUUCACCAUGGAUAACUUCUUGCCGGAUGGCCAAGACCACCGUAUCUACUACCUCGACUUGCCCGUGAAAGGUGGUGACCUAAAGAUUGAUAGGAUGUUCUAUUACAUCGAGCCGAAUGUGCCGGAAAAAUUAGAAAAGUUUGUGAAAAGCUACCGAAAUGAGAGCUCUUAGGCAUCGAAAUAUUUAUUCAAUAAAAGCAUCUGAAAAACACAUA